AUGCUCCUCCACUCCAUCAUCCUCACAUUCACCGCGGCCCUGGCGGCCGCUGCCCCGGCCCCAGGCUUCCAAGGUCUGGGUGUGGUCUCGGCCCCUGGUCCUGCUCCUACCCCUACACCUGUCGCCGCUAGUGCGGCUGACGCUGGCGGCAACAUCGAGGCGCGCGACAACUUCAAGGGCGUGGCCACUGCCAUCUCGGCCAAGAGUCCCGCGCCGACCAAGCACACGCGCGACGGCGCAGUCGACACCUCGCCGAUCAGUGCGCGCGACUAUGCGGGCCUCUCGAUCCGCUGCUUCGACGGCCUCGACUGCAACGGCAACCAGAUCGCCGAGUGGAGCGACAUCAACAACAUCCCCAACGGGUACUUCUACGGCCUCUACUUCAAGCACCCUGGCAACCGCCUGGCCAGCUGCCGCUUCGACGUGUGGAACAACCUCUGGGGCACGUUCUGGAUGGCCCCCGGUGGCACCGAUGGCCAGAACGCCUUCGCCCUCCAGCAUAUCUCGGGCGAGAACUACUCCAACGGCUGGGGCCAGUACUGCGUCAACCAGUGGCAGUGGAGCACUCAGGGCAGCGACGACGUUGUCAAGUUUGCUGCUGCAUACCGUCAUUAA